CCAAAUCCCGCGGGAACUGCCCUCUGACAGCGUUCCCUCCCCCCUCGUCGCACCCUUGGUUGCCACGGAGACCCGGGUCCUGGGCCGGCUGACUGCCGCAGACUGGGGAGGCCUACCUUUUCGCGGCCGGAGCCGGCGGGCCCACCAGCCUCGUGCUCUACCCCGCUCAGCUGCCGCGUUCGUGAAGACGACCGUGCGGGCGGGUGAAGCCCCGAGGGGCAUCCUCCCUCAGGAACCCGAGCGAAGCGAGAGCCGGGGGUCGCGACCCCCCUGCCCCGACCCCGGCGGGUGGGAGAAGCUCAUUUGAACCAAACUGCCUGCGCGGACCACCGCGGCAGCCCAGCAGUCCCGGGGCCCGAGGGCGCUGUGUAAGAUACCAGGCACCGGUGCCCGAAGUGCUGCGGCUGCCGCGUCUCUGUUCCCAAAGCCCCGGGGAACAUCCGCCCUCUGGGGUAAGGGAGGACUCGCGGGAGCCAGUGAAAGGAGCGCCCGAGGGGCCGCAGAGACGAUGCUUGGACAAGGAAAACCAUUUCCCGGAACAUCUGAAUUGUAAUUCAAGCUUGAGUUACCUAGGACAGUCAGGGGGGCAAACAUGUUUAACUCCGCAAAUGAACUGGAGUUUUUGGGAGAAACAACCGCGGAAAUCUCCCAACUCUCUUCGCUGGCGCUGUCAGGUGACCCAGCAUGCAGCGAAAACAGCUCAGCUGGUUCACCCGAAAAAACUGGCUAUCCGGACUCCGUUUACAUUCUGGCAGCGAACAUUUUUCAGGGCACUAGACUCGAAAAGUCACCAGAGAAAGCCUUAAUAAAGUAUGGGAAUGAGCCCUUGCCGUCCUCAACCGAAUCCGAGGAUGAAUCCUUUCAGCGUUUGUCCUAUGAGUUGGCUUUCAGUGCACUUAAGUAUCAAGAUAUUUUGGAAACUAUAUUAAUAGACAGCUAUAUCUUCCCAAGUACCACAAUACCAGAUCAUUUGAACAGUCUUAUCAUUGUGAUGCUAUAUGAUUUCCAAGACAGAAAAUUUCAAGCUCGUCUCCUUUCUGGUAAUGAAGAGUCUAUAGCAGAAGUUCUAGAAGUGGAGAACCUUCUUAACAGUUUUAAGACAAAAUUGGCUGCAGCAUUGGCAAGAUGUCGAAUCAAACAUGAUGCCCUUUCAAUUUACCACAUUCUUCCAGAAACAGUUAGGAACCAAGAAUUAAGGGCCUCCACUUUGCCACUUUAUGCUUGGAUAAAUACUUGUAAAAUCAGCCCUGAAGAAGUUUAUUAUACUUUGAAGAAAAAUGGUUAUAAUAAAGUCAAAUCUGUAUUGCAUAUUGAUAAUAAAGUCUUUGCUGUGGAUCAACAUUGCUAUGAUGUCUUAAUUUUUCCAUCUCAUCUUAAAAGUGAUCUUCUAAAUAUAGAUCUUUUUAAAGAUUAUAAACUUAUAUUUCAGGACAAAUCUCGAAGUCUCGCUGUCCAUUCCGUAAAGGCUUUAUUAAAUAUGGAUGAUGAUAUCUUAAUGGUCAAUACAGGUUCCUGGUACACAGUUGCCCAUAUGUCAGUCUUAACAAAUAAUAAUACCUCAAAAAUAUUUGUGUGUGGAGUACAAUCACAAGCUAAGGAUCCUGACCUGAAGAACCUUUUCACAAAAAUGGGAUGUAAAAAUAUUGAGAUACUUCAUGAGACAUUUAUGAAACUUGAAUUAAAGGAUCAUCGAUUACAGAAAGUUAAAGUGAUUCUGCUGCUACCUCGUUGUUCAGGACUGGGUGUUAGUAAUCCAGUAGAAUUUAUUUUAAAUGAGCAUGAAGAUACAGAUUUACUUAAGGAUUUCUCUCAAGGAGGCCCAUCAGAAGAUAAACUUCAUGUUCUUGCUCAACAGCAAUAUGAACAGCUAGCACAUGCCAUGAAAUUUACCAGAGCUCAAGCUAUUGUUUACUGCACAUGUUCAGUUUAUCCAGAGGAAAAUGAAGCUAUUGUUAAGAAAGCACUGGAAUUUCAAGACCACGGGAUUAAAGUACAACCUUAUAGGCUUAGUCCCCCCGUCCUUCCACUGUGCUCCUUAAAGGAAAUACAUUUGUCUACUGACAAAUUUUUUAGAAUGGAACCAUCUGAAAUUACCAAUGGUUGUUUUCUUUCUGUUCUAACAAGGGAGCGGGACCCAUCUGAGACAGUAUCUGUGAAAGAUGUUUUGGCCCGUGCAGCAGCAAAGGGUCUACUGGAGGGGAUUGAGUUGGGUAAAUCUUCAAAACGGGAGAAGAAGAAGAAGAAACAGAAAAUGUCAUUGCCAAAAUCGUCCAUUGCUGAUAACAGCGGCAUCCAAAUGAAAAUCGCUGAGUUCCUGAGUCGGGAAACUAAUAUGAGUGCUAAUCAGCCGGAGACAUUAACAACAAAAACAUCUCUUCCACAGAAAAAUGCAAAUCAAGUGGGUUCUUCCCCACAGGUCAGAAGACCCAGCAAGCCCAUCACCAAUCCUUUAGUGCCUACAAUUAUGAAGAAUACAUCUGCCAGACCACACGAACGGCCAACAAACUUUGUGAGACCUAGGCCAGAAGACAGAAUGAUUCCACUGAAACCCAUAGAGAUUGCCUUACCUCCAGUCAUAUUGCCGUUUCCCAGUCCGCAAGGGAUCAGAUCUCACAUACCAACUCCACAUUUUUACUAUCGUUGGGUUGGGCCCAAGACUGUCUUGCCUGGCUAUCUGUCCACACCAUCAAUACUCAGAAGAAGGGAAAAACCUAAAGAAAACUUACCUUCCUCUCUACCCAGGCAUCCUCGACCAUAGCUGUGAGUGUCUUGCAUUUUUUCUACAGGGUCAGGAGUAGAUUUUUUUUUUCCCCCCGAGUCUGCAGGUUAGACAGCUGUUAGAACUGGUUUCACUCUUGGUAACUUUCAGUCUGGACUUAGGACACUGGUUUUAAAGCUGCAACAAUUUUUCCACAAGGGAAACAGUGUGUGUAAUAGACUUGUAAUAGACUUGUUUUCAAAGUUAAUUUGUGAGGCGUUUAUUAGUAAGCAUAAGUAUGGAAAAGAUGAUCUUGCACUGAAGAUCACUCUUCAGUACCAAGUCAGCUAUAGUUUAAACAUUUCAAUCACUAUCGAGGUUGAUCUUUUGUAAUGUGAUUGAGGUUGAGUAGAAAUAGGAAAAACAGAAAGGUCCAAUGUUCUAGUUCAUAUGCCCAUUCAGAGUGAAAACUUUCUCACUGGAAGAGCUUCCAGGAUCCUAAGCACAGUGAACAUAAGCUCUCCCUUCUGGCUAUUUAGGCCAAAUACUGUUGUUAAAAAAAAACAACAAAAUGACUAUAAGCAAAUUUCCAUCUAAGUAGUAAUUCUGUGGACAAGGUCAAACUGUUGAAUGUAAGUGACACACCUGUUGUUCAAGAAAUGUAUACAAAUUUCUGGGUCUAUUCAAAGAUCAGGUGAAAACGGUUAUUUCAAAUGGCACACAGUAGUGAAGCCCUGAUAAAUCAUUUCUGAUGCUCAAUUAAAAUAUAUUGUAGCACUAUUUUAAUUAUAUUAAAAGUCAGUUCAUCUUGACUGUAUUAUCAAUUGCCUUCCAAGAAUUGGUUAUAGUUAUUAUUUCUGGGUCUAUUGACUUUUUUUCAUCAUGGCAACAGAAAUUGAUUUUAAAUCAAGUAAGUUACAACUAUAAAUCCUGCUGUUUAAGAACAUGUUCACAGACACAUUUAUAAAGUUUGAAUUUAACGUUCUAUUUUCAGAAUCCAGUUGUGUUGAAUAGUGUUAUAUAAAUUCCUAAAUUUCAAUUCAGAUGUCAUGAUUUUAGGAGAAUAUUAUCUUCUUCAAGAUGAAUAUUUAGGUCUGUUUCAGCUCUAGUAUUCAUUUCAGCUCUAAUUUCCUCACUUGAAGUGAGGAUAAAAAUGGUGGAUUUCAUUUAGUAGUAAUAAAUUUUUUUAGCUGAAACAUUAUCAGUAAUGCAUGUCAAUGAAACAUGACUUAUGGAAAUGUUUUAAAUGCUCAGCUUAUUUUACUAAUUUCAAAAAUCAAAAACUAUAUAAUCUUUGCUUGAUAUCAGAGUAUGGUUUCCUCUUCCUACCACUGGCUCAGAGCCUUCCAUGCCUCCGGGAGGCAAGUGUAGCUGAACUGAACUUUGUUCAGUAAAGACCUGAUCUUUUUUAUCCUGGGAAUCUUCUAUCUCUUUCCUGCCCUCACCCCUCUGCCCCAGGCUGAAGAGCACUCCACUGUCCAGAAGUAGCAGGUCCAAGAUUUUUACUUUGUGUGAUAAGUUAUAAGAAGAGAACUCACCCUAUUAUGGAGUAGGUCAGGAUAUUUUUCUGAUCUCUAUAGCAGUGUAUAAUUCAUGUCAUGUCACAACUUUAGCCACUUCACUUCAGUAUCCCAUAACAUGAAUCUUGUUAUAAAUUAUUUUUCUCUUUAUAAGUAUAUGGAGAUUCUGUAUUAAACCAUUCCUUCAUUAA